CGGGCCCUGAGAACGGCUGUCCUCCCUGUCAAUCCCGGCCCCAGCCGUCUCAAACCUCCGCCUCUCGCCACGUGCCGAGGGCAUCCCGACUCUCCCCGAGGAGCCUGAGAGUGCAGGGGCACCUUCCUCCCCCUGCCGGGCAGGGCACCCAUACUCCCGGCGGCUGGGCCCCUGAACAAUGAGGCGCCGGCUUCUUUAAGGGAGAUACCACCGCGCUGGCCGGGCAGGGGACGGCGUCUUCCCAGAUGAUCGCACCCAGCCCCGCGCCGCCGCCGCCGCGGCAACUGCACCGCCAGCAAACAUGGCUCAGUGACUCUGACAAAAGGUGCAGCCUCCCUCCCGGAGGGCUGACGCCAGGCCUCCCAUCUCUGGCCGUGCCUCUCCGCGGGCCUGCGGUAGAGGCCCGCAUCCCGCGAGCAUCCCAGGCCCGCGCCGAGGAAGAUGCACCAGGCGUUCCACCCCAGCGACCCCGCACACCUGCCCGCAGCUCGAAACCUUGACCUUGAAGAUGGUGAGUAGCCAGCCAAAGUACGAUCUAAUACGGGAGGUAGGCCGAGGUAGUUACGGUGUUGUGUAUGAAGCAGUCAUCAGAAAGACCUCUGCACGGGUGGCAGUGAAGAAGAUUCGAUGCCAUGCACCUGAAAAUGUUGAACUAGCCCUGCGUGAGUUCUGGGCACUAAGCAGUAUCAAGAGCCAACAUCCAAAUGUGAUUCACUUGGAGGAAUGCAUCCUGCAAAAAGAUGGAAUGGUGCAAAAGAUGUCCCAUGGCUCUAAUUCUUCCCUUUAUUUGCAGCUUGUAGAGACUUCAUUAAAAGGAGAAAUUGCCUUUGAUCCCAGAAGCGCCUAUUACUUGUGGUUUGUGAUGGAUUUUUGUGACGGAGGAGAUAUGAAUGAGUAUCUGUUGUCCAGGAAACCCAAUCGUAAAACUAACACCAGCUUCAUGCUUCAGCUGAGCAGUGCCCUGGCUUUCUUACAUAAAAACCAGAUAAUCCAUCGAGAUCUAAAGCCUGAUAACAUCCUGAUUUCUCAAAGCAGGUUGGAUACCAGUGACUUGGAACCCACACUAAAAGUGGCUGAUUUUGGCCUAAGUAAAGUUUGUUCAGCGUCUGGGCAGAACCCAGAAGAACCUGUCAGUGUAAACAAGUGUUUCCUUUCUACAGCAUGUGGAACAGAUUUCUACAUGGCCCCUGAAGUGUGGGAGGGACAUUAUACAGCAAAAGCUGACAUCUUUGCUCUGGGGAUUAUCAUCUGGGCAAUGCUGGAAAGGAUCACAUUCAUAGACACAGAGACAAAGAAGGAACUCUUGGGGAGUUAUGUAAAACAAGGAACUGAGAUUGUGCCUGUUGGGGAGGCGCUUCUGGAAAAUCCCAAAAUGGAACUUCUCAUUCCUGUGAAGAAAAAAACUAUGAAUGGGCGAAUGAAACAACUGAUUAAGGAAAUGCUGGCUGCAAACCCUCAGGAUCGUCCAGAUGCUUUUGAACUAGAACUCAGAUUAGUACAAAUUGCAUUUAAAGAUAGCAGCUGGGAAACGUGACACAUAUAUUAUUUGCAAAUAUCUUGGAUGAUAUGCUGCUUCUGUUUUAACACUGAUGCAACAUAAUGUGGCUGAAAAAGAAUAUAAAAAGCUAAACUCCACCGUCUAAGGGUUAAGAUUUUAUUGUGGGAUUUUUUUUUUUCUCUCAUUUUUCUUAAGUCCAAGCUGGCCAUUUUGUUAAUACGUUUUAAAUGUGUAUUACCAAUGUGGGUGUAAAUUUUUUUAAAUGGUCAUUGGUAGAAGUUUGGUAGGAAAAUUCUCUAAGAGCCAAGAAAAGAAGAGAGUCCAGUUUUCUGGAAAUAUGUCUCUAAGUAUUUUAGACAUUCCUUGUCAGUAUUAGGAAUUUCCAUGGAAAAAGAGGUUUGCAUGCUGGUAAUGCAACCUUUGAAGCUUUGUAAAGGAAACAUAUAUGUAUAUAUUUAUGUAUAUGUAAGUAUGUGAAUGUGUGCAUUUUGCAUUCCAUAUGAAAAAAAUGCCACUUCUGUUUAAAUUAUUUGAUGUAGGUUUGGGUUUUCGAGAUUUGCUGGUGAAAUCAGUGAUGAAAAAUAAAAGAACCUUCCCUCAUCUUCCUACCCUGCCCCUCCCUCUAAUGAAAUCAUACUAAUUUUUUUAUUUUUGUAAUAUUAUACAGCUUUUUUUUAAGGCAUCAUUUUGGAGAGUCUAAAAUUAUCUGAUUAAACAUAAGUAAAAUUAAGUGAUCCAAAGCUGCUGAAGUAUGUUUGAGCUCUCCAGUGCCCUAUAACUGCAGGAGUUGAAUUAGCCAUGCAGUCAUGUACUGGCAGGUUGGCAAGGACAUCCAUGGUUCAGUCAUACCUUGUUUAGGUAACCAAGCAUGCAAUUAACCAAUUAAGCCACUGAGCUGGGACAUUUCUGCACUUGAGCAUCUGCAAUCUCAAUCUGUUAUAAAUCUGGACGCAGGAGUCUUCUGUUUCUGAAAACUUUGCUAUAUAUAACUCUAGUACUUGAUACAUUAAUUUUUUAUUUCAAGGCUUUGUCUAGGCCUCAGCAUAAAGUUGAAGAAACCAAAUGAGCUCUACCCUCACAUUGCCUGCCUGAAUGGUCUUUUGUUUAGUCACUGGAAUUCCUUUCUUUUUGGCACUAAUGCUGUUUUCUCUUGUCUAAUUUGACAGAGUAAUGGUAGUGAUAUAGUUGUAUUCAAUGUUGAUCACCUUUUUCUAAACUGGGAGAUGAUAUCUAUACAGUUUGGCAAAUGGGUAAAAUAUUGUGGCGUUAGUUAUAUCUUUCAAAUAGAAAAGUUAUCAAUCGUAUACAAUCACUUGGUAUGGUCUUUGUCAAGAACCAAUAGACCAUUAUUCUUCUUGAAGUCACUUUAAUUUUAAACCUAUAUAUAGGUUGUCUACAAUUUGUUUUCCUGUAAAUGCAGAUAGUUCAAAUCUAAAAGAAGAAAGUUUUCCUAAAACAGAACAUUAACCUUUAUGGUUGUUAAUAGUUUGAGACCAUUGUGUAUAGAUUAAUCUUUAUAAAGCACUAGAAUCUUUGGUCAAAAGUAAAAAAACAAAAAAAAAAGAAUAUUGAAAUCAUUGAUAGUCUCCAUAGUCUCCUGAGCUUUUUGGAACUUCCACAACUUUUGGAAUAUUGCUAUCAUAAUUUUUUCCUUAUUUAAAAUGUGUUAAGGGGACUAUAGAAGGUAAAAAAGCACACAAAAAAAUUGCAGUACAUAAAAUUUCUGAACUAUGCAUUACUUGGUUUGGAAGUUUAAAAUUCGGACUGAAAGAU